CGUCACAACGCCUCAUCUCCAUCAAGAUUGUCCUCCGUAUUCUGACCUAGCACUGUCGCGUUUUUUCCGGCUAAAGGAAGAAGAAGACCUUGUGAGCUGUGACUAUGUCUGGGCGUGGAAAGGGUGGCAAGGGGCUCGGCAAGGGUGGAGCGAAGCGUCAUCGGAAAGUCUUGCGCGACAACAUUCAGGGCAUCACGAAGCCGGCGAUCCGCCGUCUCGCUCGCCGCGGUGGCGUGAAGCGCAUUAGCGGCCUAAUUUACGAAGAAACGCGUGGGGUGCUCAAGAUCUUUCUUGAGAACGUUAUACGCGACGCUGUUACCUAUACUGAGCACGCCCGCCGGAAGACUGUUACGGCCAUGGACGUUGUGUACGCCCUCAAGCGCCAGGGACGAACUCUCUACGGAUUUGGAGGCUGAUUCCUAUUUCAUUGUUAUGGUGUGAUCGUUCUAAUUUUAUGUGGAGGGCUGUUUUUCGAGGUGUGGGGUAUGAUGGUUUUGUGUUGGAAUUAGGAAUUGGAUUUUGGCUUUUGGUAAUCUGCACAUUUUUUUCACUUCUAAAAGUUCUGCUUUUAGAUGAAGGCAGAGCAUAUGUAAUAGAUUUUUUUAUAGCCUGUGUUGUUUAUUGC